CCAUAACCAGUCGACCGCCGAAUCGCAGACCCGCAAGACAUUCGAGUUCUCAGUUUGUGCACUGCAUACUUUUUGGCGCGCUCGCCAAUUCAAACAACAAAAUACACCAAUACACCACACACGAAUCCGUUGCGCCCAGCGAAGCGACCGAAUUCAUCAACUUUUGCGUCUGGGGUGGCAUGUGGAUAAAUUUCAGCCGCCAUGGAUCCCAGUGCUCUACAAAACAUGGAUCGGGACGCAUUAAAGAAGCAAAUCGAGAAUAUGAAAUAUCAGGCCUCCAUGGAGCGCUGGCCGUUGUCUAAAUCCAUUGCAGAAAUGCGGUCGUUCAUUGAGGAAAAUGAGAAGAACGAUCCGUUGAUUAAUGCUCCGGAUAAGAAGAACAAUCCGUGGGCUGAAAAAGGAAAAUGCGUUAUUAUGUAAUAUUAUCGUAAACCACAGAAAUACCGUAAUACCUAUGAUAACCAGCCAAAUAACACCA